AUGGGAAUCAGCUUGGAUCGACUACACCCUGCUCCGAUGCCACUCAAGGGCUUCAUGGGGGACGUUGUUCAACCAAUGAGAGCCAUCACCAUUUCAGUAUUGGCAGGGAAGGCUCCCAAAAUUGCGGCCAUCAUGUCCGACUUCUUGGUCGUCAAUGCUCUGUCUUCAUACAACUCCAUAUUGGGGCGCCCCACCCUGAAUAGUUUGAGGGCAGUAACGUCCACCUAUUACCUCAAAAUGAAGUUCUCCACCAACUCGGGAGUGGGCGAAGUCCGCGGCGAGCAGGUCUUGGGCCAAGAAUGCUACGACCGAGAGUUGAAGCACCAGGUUAAACUAGUCGCAGCAAUCAGAAAGGCAGAAGAAGCGCCCAAGCUAGGUUCACCUCCGCCCCUGACCAAAUGGGAUGAAGAGAUUCGUGAUGAACAGGCUUUGUGGCAAGCAGAACCCAACGAACCCUUGGAGUUGGUUGCAAUUGACCAGUUGACACCGGUGCGAAGGAUCCAGAUCGGGACUAAGUUGGGCCCAGAGAUUAAAGCAGCGCUGAUAUCCCUCAUAGUAGAACACUAG